AACCCGAAGUGGGACGCGACUCGCCCCUCCUCGAGAUGACAUCACCACCGGGCAAAGCAACAAGGAGUGGUUUAGUGAAAGGAACCAGUUCCAAAUCAAUGGAACACACCCGCGCACUUUGAUAAACCCCAACAGAGCCAUUUUAAGACAACAAAACACCGUUAUCUUGUCACAUAACGGGACGAGAGGAAUUCAAAAAAAAAACUCCACUGCUCCUGAAGGCAACAUCGACUGUACGGGAAAGACGAGGACGUCACUUGAGCACUUUUUCUCCUCUUUGUCCGACCAUGCGUCACGCCUGAAGAGGUUUUCCCACCGUACGAAUCCACCCCGGGAUCACCAUGAUGUCCUUGCUGCUGCCCCUGCUCCUGUCUGCCAUGUUGGCCUUCCAAGCUGUUGCCAUGAUGGAGGUACACGUCCCCGACCAGCCUGUGGUGGCGUUACACAACACGGACGUCAUUCUAAACUGCUCCUUCAGUUCCACCGCCCCUUUCAACGCGUCUGACGUGACAGUUUUCUGGCAGCUGACCGACACCAAGCGCAGCGUGUAUGGAUACAGAGAAGGACACGAUCAGCUGGCAGACCAGGCUGAAAGGUUCGCCAACCGCACUGGCCUGUUCCCCCACGAGCUGGGCCUUGGAAACGCCUCGCUGCUGCUGAGGAGGGUGGUGGUGGCCGACGAAGGCAGCUACAUGUGCUUUGUCAGAGUGCGGGAAUACGGCAGCGCUGCUUUGUUUCUGCAGGUGGCGGCCCCUUACUCCAAGCCUGUUGUGACCUUGGAGUCGGAAUCUAACCUACGGCCUGGUGAAGAGGUGGCCCUCACUUGCGUAGCUUACGGAGGCUACCCGGAAGCCGACGUCAUGUGGCAGGAUGGGGGUGGCCGCAACCUGACGGACAAUGUCACCACUUCGGUGGUGGCCAACGAGGAGGGUCUGUUCUCUCUGACCAGCGUGCUGACAGUCGUACUGGAGCCCAACAGCACCUACAGCUGCACGCUCAUCAACCCGCUAUUGGGGGAGGAGGGGAAUGCCUUUGUCACCGUCACAGGCCAGAACAUCUCCUUCCCCCCUGUGGCGCUGUGGGUGACCAUCGGCCUCGCUGUGUGCCUGCUGGUCCUGCUCGUGGCGCUGGCCGCCGUCUGCCGCAGGAAGAUCAAGGAGAGCUGCGAGGAGGCCAGGAGAGAAGCUGAGGAGGCUAAGGAACUAGAAGAAGACGAAGAGUCAAAGACAGCAAUGACACUACUGAAGAGCUAAGGCCCAAAGACAACGAGGGUGUUUCAGCCGGGCGGCAGAUAUGAGAAGAGUCUGGCGGUUUAAUCCCACUCCAGCCAUCAGAAUCCAUCAACCUGCUGAGUGCGGCGUCCCCGUAGCCUGAGCGCAAUUCAAGUCCAUCAUCAUCAUCAUCGCCGUCAUCGUCUUUGCAAUGUGAAGCUCCCUCGAGUGUCCGUCAACAUACAUCACGUGCCACUAUGUACUUGUGCCCCUCCCGUUCCUAAUUUUCUUUUUUUUUCAAUUUAUAUAGAUAUUUUUUUCCAUUUUCAUUUUAUCAAUGGAAGACCACCACCAGCCAGUGUGAAUGCAUUACAGUCGGUCCUUUUCAAUGCAAAAGACAGAUUUCUUUAAAAAAAAAAAAAAAAAAUCAUCAGAUCAUUUUGAGAAGAGCCGGUCUCUGUCAUUGUCCCACGCUCACUAAUUAGCCUCUGUCGCCCGGGUAACCGCUAUCUGUCAGCGUCUGCUCCACGUCCCCCAUCUCCCGUCUCCUGGAAGCGGAGGCGAUUGUAAUUGAAUGCCGGCUAAGCUCCAGCAAACUGCAAAUGUUGUAUGGGACACACCCCGACAGCCUUCUAUAACGCAGUGUUUUCAAUGAACACGAGACUACGGCCGGCGCGGAAUGCUUGAUCUUGUCGGUGAGUUGUGUGGAUGUUUACACGUUUACAAGAGUUUACAAGCCUUCGUUGCCAACCGUUUUAAGUACAAAUGACGAAUGCCAAAAUUGUGCCUCUUUGCAGUAAAGUCACACCGAGAAAAA